GGGAGAAGGACGGAGAGGGAGUUGUAGGAUGAAUCAGAGAGGGACGGCGGAACUGUCAGUGCUGCAUUGGUCCUCCUCGCAUAAGGACUGCAGAAAUCAUCUGUGAUUACCUCUCUCGCCGAGUUCUUCUUCUCGACACGACAAACGAGAACAUCUCCCGUUGCGCGAGCGGUUGCAAAGUAAUAGACGACUGAAAUAUGGCAGCACCACAGGCAUCGUCGCGUCUCGAGAUGCUGCAGGCCCGCUUCCAGCAGAAGCAACUCCAGGAGAAGGAGCAGAAGCUGCUGCAGUUGUACGACCAGCAGCAGCAGCGAGCCUACCAGGUGGUGCAACGGGGUAGCGCGGGUUCCAACAGUUCUAAUCACGGCGGUUCCACCACGAGUAGAACCACGACGACGACUACGACUCACACGACCUCGACCUCGCAAGGUGGUAAGGUGAGACAAAUGUUUGAUGAGAGACGGCAAACGACCGUCAAGGGAAUCGAUAGGAGUUAUCCGCUGGAACCGCUCGAGAACAAGUCGCGGAAGCAAGCGAAUACAAAUGGUUUGAUGACGCAAAGGAAUGGCAAUUCGAUGAUGAAUCGGCAAUCCGUCAACGUGAAACGCGUAACGCGCGCGGACGUCAACAGUAACGUUAACGGCGGCAAGCCCGUCGUUUCCUAUCACGAAGAAAUCAUGCGCGAGUCAUUCGGACCAUCCGUACGUCGUCACGAUGACGAGGAUGAAUUUGGCAUGGAAAAUCGCGUCGCUAACGGAUAUUAUCGUCACGGAGCUGACAAUGAGCAAGAAGAAAUAUUAGAUCGGGAGACGGUGGAGAGAAAUCGCAUGAUGGCGAAGAUCCAUUUAAUGGAAUACGAUGACAGUCUAAAACACCAUGCGAAGAAUGAUUUGGAAAACGAAGAGUUUCCGGAAUACCUCAUGGUGGAUGUGCCCGAUAGGCUUCCGAAGAGAAACGUCGCGAAAAAAUUGUCUCAAGCAGAAGCGCGACUCGAACGAUUCAAAAACGCAAACGCGAAGAGAAGCAACGUGCCGAAGCAAUUAACUUCGACGAGCAAUGUGAUAAAAAAGCGAUCGGAACAAACGAUCCCGGCAAAAUUAAACUCCAGACGGAGUGAGAUCGCCGGAACUUCCCCGACCGACACGAGAAGCGGAAGUAGUCGGAUGUCAGAUCGCAGUCAAAGGAUUCUUGAAAAUGUGAAAAAUUUUAUGUCGUCUGAAACUCGCGUAGUCGGUAAAAUAAGUAAGAGACGAAAGGAAAAUUCUGAUACCGAAACGUUUAACCAACGCGACAGUCCGCAAAGUUUUUUCGAAAAACCUAUAAAAGCGGAAAAAAAUUCGAUUUAUCCUAGAAAGGCUUUAAAUGGCUUUAAAUCACUAACUGCUGAUGGAAAAAUAUUUGUAAGACGUAGCACUAGACCGCAAUUCUUUUGUAAGGAAUCCGAACGAUCUGCAACAACUAUGAGCAUUGAUCGAAAAUCUGACUUGUCAGGAUCAUCAUUAUUUGAUCAAGAAACGUUAACAAAACGAGGUAAAAGUCCGCAUUUUUUCCUCAGUGAAUCUGAACAAUCUCGUACAAGUGAAUCUAAAUCACCAAUAGGGGAGGGAGAAACUUUAUCAAGACAAAGCACGAGUCCGCAAUAUCUUUAUGAAUCCAAAGGAUCCGAAACAAUUAUAAGUUCUGAUAAAAAUACUAUCGAUCGAGGAAUAUUAAAAAAGCGAAAUACAAUUAAUUUCGAUAAGAAACUUAAAACAAGUCUCGAUCAAAAAGCUUCGUUUAAACUACCAUCAUAUGAAAGAGAAAUAUUUAAAAAGCGAAACAUCACCAAUCCGCAAUUCUUUUGUAAAGAAUCCGAACGAUCUGCAACAACUAUGAGCAUUGAUCGAAAGUCUAGUUUGUCGGAGUCUCCGUUAUUUAAAGAGCGAAACAUCAGUCCGCAAUUCUUUUGUAAAGAAUCCGAAAGAUCCGCAACAACUAUGAGCAUUGAUCGAAAAUCUGAUUCGUCAGAAUCACCGUUAUUUUAUCAAAAACCAUUAACAAAACAAAGUAAAAGUCCAUCCUUUUUUCUCAGCGAAUCUGAACAAUCUCGUACAACAAGUGGAUCUAAAUCACCGAUAUGGGAGAGAGAAAUUUCAUCGAGACAAAGUGCGAGUCCACAAUAUCUCCGUUAUGAAUUUAAACGAUCUGAAACAGCUAUGAGUACUGAUCGAGAAACUACAGGAUCUAAAUCGUCAGAAUGGAACAAGAAAAUAUUAACAAAGCGAGAUACGAUCGAUUUCGAUAAAAAACUUCGAACCUCAGAUACAAGUCUUGAUCGAAAAACUUCCUUACAUGAAGGAGAAAUAUUAAAAAAACGGGAUACCAGUCCGCGAUUCUUUUGCAAAGAAACGGAACGAUUUGGCAAGACUAUGAGUAUUGAUCGCAAAAUUAGUAAACCUAGAUCGCCAUCAUACAAUAAAAAAAUAUUUAAACCAAGACUAAUUCCACAAUUGUCGAGCAGGAAAAUCGAGAAACGAUCUGCAACAAUAAUGAGUACCGAUCGAAAAUACGAUGAAUCCAAAUCGUCUGGAACGACUCGCGAAAAGCGUGAAAAGCGCACUGCAAGCCCGCAAUUUUUUUGCAAAGAAUCUGAAAAAUCUGCUACAACGAUGUUGAUUGAACCGAGAUCGCGUUCAACAGACUCUACUAAAAAUAUAUUAAAACAGGGCAGUCAUACUCGAGAUAUUUUUUACAAAUCCACGAAACCUUUAUCAUCAAUUGAUAAAAUUAAUUUUUCACAAGGUAGCCCAAAUCCUUCGAUCAUCAAACACGAAGCGAAGAAAGCUUUAAAAAAAGACGAAAUUUCCAAUAUCAUUACAGAGUCUCGCAGAUCAUCGAGAAUCUCGGAAACCUCCGCAGCAUCCACCAGUUCGAUCGUAAGCUUGAAAUAUGGUUUGGAAUUUGACAAUAUUUUGCAAUCGGCAGGACUCGUUCGUAAAUUUAUGAAAUCUCAAAAUGAAAAACAACAGGAAAUCCGUCAAUCGUCUUUGAAACAAAAUAUCAAAAAUGUAAACACUUCGAUUGCGAAAGAUAAUCAAUCGAAGAUUCGAUAUAAAACUUCGUCACCUUUCCAAAAAGCGAGUUCGCCGUCUAUCGAAAAUAGAAGGAGAGCUACGCCAGAAUCGCCUCGCAAAAGUAUCACCCCAAUAGAAGUUGAUAUGGACAUUCAAGAAAUCAUUAUGACCGAUCAUCGUAUUGAACGCGACAAGCUACAAAAGGCAGCGAGCCCAAUACCGAGGCGACAAAUUGAUGGAACGUAUACAAAAUCAUUCAGCGAUAAAACAAAACUCAAAACCUCAGUUACCUAUCCCGUUCGCAAAAUUCAAAAGCAGAGAGCAUCUAUUUUAAAAUCAAAUGUCUUCAAGUCGAAGAAAGAAUCCCUUGAAAGAAGUAAAGAAUCCAAAAAUCAUCGAACAUAUCGAGAUAGUGAAAGAAACGCGAUCAGUCUGAAUAAGCUCGGUUGUAGUCCUGUAAGUGAAACUUCUCAACGUAUCAUAACUCGAUCCAAGGAAGAUGAAAAUCGAGUGAGUAAAGUUAAAAUAUCUCAAACACAAGAGCAAGCGUGGAACAAAUCAAUAAAAAAUCAAGCUGAAUUUCGAUCCAGGAAAUAUGAAGAUCAACAGUCAGAUAUGACUCCUCGAUCUCCGAAACAAAUACAGGAUCGCUCUACGGAAACUCGCAUUUCGAAAGCGAUGUCUCCCGAUUCUUCUAAGAAAAAGAAAUAUUCUGAUGAUAUAGUUCCGUGUUUACGCGAUCCUGAGGAACGAAGCGGAGGAACGCGUACGGAAUUUGAUGAACUGCGCAGCUUACAGUCUGCGCGAUUGGUGCAAGAUACUUUAAAGGAAAAAAAUUUGUCCUCGUCUGAUGAAUAUAAUCGAGAAAGAAGAGAAAACAAAAAUGAAAAUGUAGAGAUAAAUGAGGUCGAGGCCGGGAUCGACGUAAAAUAUCAAACGAUAGUUGAAAUCGCUUCGAAUGAGGACACUAAAGAUUAUCGCAAAAUUACACGCCCAAAUUCCACUCAAAGCAUAGAUAAAGACGUCAUUCUUCGAGGAACGCAGGCGUCAACAGUAUUGAAUAUUUCUAAGGAAAUAAAAAAAGAAUGCAGUAGACAACACGAUAUAAAAUCUAGAAUUUUACCGCGAGUCCCGCUUUUAAGAAAAACUGUAAAAAUUUCUCGUGGUGCCAACACCUCAAAGAUUUUGCCAUCUCAGAGAGUUACAUCGAAAAUGAAUCAAAAUACGACGUCCAAAUUUUUGAAAAACACUGACAAAGAUAACAAAGAUAAAAGUGCACUAAUUAUGAAAAAAUCGGCAAACUUGUUUAAUAAAACAAAUGCACAACAUAAGAUCGAAAAGUCGGAAGACACUGCAAGGGAAUUUUCAAAAAUAAUAACGCGACGAGAGAACGAAUCUGAAAAAGAUUUCGAAAGAAUGGAUUCCGUAGAAUCGGCAUUAAGGAGAUUUGAUUCCAUCGGCGUAGAAUUUGAACAUUUAGGCCCGACGAGUUUCCGAACAUCUCCAGAGAUUUCCUUACAAGUGAUGGAUGUACAAACAAAAAGUUCUAUUAAGCAGACAAUCACUUCAGAAGGAUCAACGUUAAUUCCUUCUCCUAAAGUAACAGAUAAUACAAUUUUAAAGUCGACUCCGAAAUCUCCAGUCAACAAAAAUCUCAAAGUUAAAAAUUAUUUGUAUAAAAAUGAUUUAAAGAUUCCCAACAAAAAGAUUUGUUCUUCUAAAAGACUAGAAAAUAGAAUUGGAAACACGAUCGAAAACAAGAAAUCGACGCAAACUCGAUCACCGAUGUGUAAGCGACGAUUAUUCGAAUCUGAUUCAGAAAAAAAAAUUCAAGAAUCAAAUUAUACAAAAACGCGUAAGAAAGAAAAUUAUUCUUCCAUAAGUUCUCAUAAGGAUAAAGCGAUUUCAAAGGUAAGAUCUUCCAAGGAUCUCGAUCGCAAAGAUGCAAAAGAAUCAAAAGGAUUGCAAGAAAUGCCGAUGCUUUCCGUGAAACCAUUACGAUCUAUCGAGGAUAUUCGGAAAUCAAUCGAUAACGAGCGAAAUAAAAUAAUCACUGCAAAUGAAUCGAGGUCAGCAAUUGCAAAUCGGCGUUCGGUUUCGCGACAGGAUGUCGACGCGAGGAGAUCGAUCUCUGCGACCGAUGCAGCAAAAAACAUAAUUCUCGGGGACGAUCCCGCGAGAUUGACUAAAGCUAAAUCCUGUCUAUCCAGGAUCACGAAAAGCCCGAGUCCUGAUUCAAUUACGAGAAAGCAUCACGAAACGAACACGCGAGCGACAAGAAGAAGCGCACCUUCGUCUCCUUCCAAAAGUCCCGAUAUCGCUUCUAAAUGUGCCUCCACAGAGGCGAAGAAUCAAGAAGCGAAACCUUCGAGAAAGUCAGCGGUCGCGAAAGGCGAAAAUUCGACCGGAAGUAAAACGAUUACAAACGAAAUCGUCGACAUAGUCGAUGGUGUCGCUCUUGAAAACGACUCGUCGCACGAAUCUACGCCAAAGAAAUCCGAUGUCUUUAUAAUCGACUCCGAUGAUCAACCGGCGAAAGAAAACGACAUAGCGCCAUCGAAAAAAACGCCAAUAAAGAAAUCUUCUAGCAAUCAACAAACAGCUUCUGGUGCAUCAGAUCGACCAACCUCAUCAAACUCCAAUGCUAGUUUAACUCAUGGUCAAGUUUCUAGCACGAAAAGUAAAAUGACAACAAGAGCUAAGACACCCACUUCCGCUGCACCACAAGCCAAGGGAUCAUUAUCGGCAAAACCCAGUGGAACUUCCACGCAGUUGGUAGCCUGUAAGAUAUGCGGACGUACUUUCGCGAGUGAUCGAAUCAGCUGCCAUGAAAAAGUCUGUACGAAAGUAGUGAAUAUAAAGAGGAAGAAGUUUGACGCAAUGACAUUCCGAAUCAGAGGAACUGAACUCGAGCCUUUUGUCAAGAAAAGCCUUAAGAAGCCAGAGAAACCACAGGUGAAAUCUGACUGGCGACGCAAACAUGAAGAUUUCAUCAACGCGAUCCGUUCCGCUAAACAAUUGCAGGCGCACCUGGCUGCAGGCGGAAGCUUGAAGGACCUUCCGCCACCACCGCCCAGCGAUACCAGCGAUUAUAUCCAAUGUCCGCACUGUAAGAGAAAAUUCAAUCAGGCUGCUGCGGAACGACACAUUCCCAAAUGCGAGACUAUGCUUCAUAAUAAACCAGCACACUUAAGAAUAUCAAAAUCGAAACGCUAACAAGAUUACGAUGAUCUUCCCCGCCUAAAUCCUUCGCCAAUCAAUUUUAUGCUUUCUAAUAAAUUAAUUACAGUCACUGUCUAAGUGCACUGUCUAGUUUCUCCCCUCCUUAAGAAUUUACAAGCGUAAUAUAUUUCUUUUUUUUUGUCAAUGGGAAGAAUACGAUUCACUCGAUUCAAAAAUUUUCAUUCGAUAUAUGUUCGAUAUUCAAAUGUGAUUUAGAAAAUUUAGGGGAAAUUUUGAAGAUCAUUUCCAAAUUGUUUUAAGCUCACAUUUGUAAUAAAUGAAAAUUAUAUGUUUACAUAUAAGAUUUUUAUAUAUAAUAUCUCCUUUAUUUAAAAAUAUAAGACCGCAAUUUGGAAAUUGGUUCUUCAAUUAGAGCGAUGGUUGCAUUUUACUACAAUGAUAUAAAUUAUAUAAAAUAAACACUUGUACAAAAUGAGAAAAAAUAAGAUCAAUAAUAAUAGUUGUUUAUGCAAACUAGAGAUAGAUCUAAAAAAACACAAAAUUUUAGAUUUUCAAAUUUUAAUAAUUUUAAUAAUUAUAAAAUCAAUAAAAGUGCCUUUCUUCUAAUCGAUAUUAUUUUUUAUCUGUAAAGCUAAAUUGCAAUCAUCAUAUUGUAAUUUUGCGAUAACAUUUUUUAUUAACAUUUUAUUAUUGCGUUAAAUUUUCUACUUAUUAGAAUUGAAUGUAUUUUUUAAUCGCAAAUAUUAUAUAUACAGAGGUAAUAAAACAGAUAGCAAAAAGUGCGUUGAUAAUGUAUACGUGAAAUAAAUAUAUUAUAUAUAACACAAACGAGAUAAUCAAAUUGUUUUUGAUCACAUAACAUAUAAAUCUGUAGAACUGUAAUAAACAUUUUUCAUGUUGUAAAGUUUUUAUUUAGCAUGUAUUUCUUGUUAUGUUGUAACUUUUAUAAAAUAUAUAAAAUACUGCAAUAUUGCAAUUUUAUAUAAAAAAAUUUGUUUGAUUAUAAUUGCGAAAAAAACACGUUAAGAAAAAGAGAAAGAGAAAGAGAGAAAGAGAGGGAGAGAAAGAAAUUAUAUAUGGACGCAUGUAUUAUUUAAGCUUUAUAUAAAAUCCAUAUUUAAUUGUAGAGUUCGUAUAUUUUUUAUUUUUAUGUUGUAUAUUUGCUGCUGAAUAUUGUGAAAAAUCGAAAUAUUUAUAAAAUUUUAUAAAUUUUUAAUAAAAUCCUUUCUUUUGAACUAAAACCAAAAUUAAA